GUCUGCGGGUCGUCCGGCCAGUGAGAACGCCCGCGCGGGAGUCUGCCGUCCAAUGAGAAGCGCGGGGGGCGGAGCCCUGACAUCAACGGUUGUCUCCUCAGUCGGUCCCUUCAGACGGCCGCUCGCUUCGGGGAGCGUCUGCGAGGGAGGUUGGCGGAGGUGGCAACGAUGAGGAUGGCGGCGCUGGCGAGCGCGGCCGAGCGGGCUGUCCUGGAAGAGGAGUUCAAGUGGCUUUUACGAGAAGAGGUUCAUGCUGUCCUUCGGCAGCUGCAGGAUAUUCUGAAGGAAGCUUCUCACAGGUUUGCUUUGCCCGUGAGUGGCUCAGAGGGACCCCUCAAGCAGGAGAACUUUAUCUUGGGCACCGCAAACGCUGACCAGGUGAAGGGAGUGCUGAUGCUUCAGGGAGACGCACUGUGCCAAGCUGAUAUUAACUUGAAAAUGCCCAGGAACAACCAGCUUCUGCACUUCGCAUUCCGGGAUGACAAGCAGUGGAAAUUGCAGCAGAUCCAGGAUGCGAGGAAUCACGUCAACCAAGCCAUUUACCUGCUUACCAACAGAGGCGCCAAUUACCAGUUCAAGACCGGAUGCGAGGUCCUCAAGCUGAUGGACGCAGUGAUGUUGCAGUUAACGAGAGCUCGGAACCGGCUCACCACUCCGGCUACUUUGACCCUCCCCGAAAUCGCCUCCAGCGGCCUCACGAGAAUGUUCACUCCGGCGCUGCCUCCAGACAUCCUGGUGAACUUCUACAUCAACCUAAACAAGCUCUGCUUGACCGUCUAUCAACUGCACCCCCUGCAGCCCAGCUCCACAAAGAACUUCAGACCAGCCGGCGGGUCCAUCUUGCACAACCCAGGAGCCAUGUUCGAGUACGGCAACCAAAGAUACGAAGUUAACCACGUCCAUAAGGUGGAGUGUGUCGUGCCCUGGCUGAACGAUGCCCUGGUCUUCUUCACGGUGUCUCUGCAGCUCUGCCAGCAGCUGAAGGACAAGAUCGCUGUGUUCUCGGGCUACUGGAACUACAAGCUGUACUGAUCCCGCUUCGAAGGACAGCCCUCCCCCUCCUUUUAAAAUUUCAGCCCCUCCCAUCCAGGGAGGAAACCCUGGCCUAAGCGGGAAGAGUUUGUCCGAUUCCAACUCUCCACAGUGGCUUCCGGGGCCAGCGUUGGCAUCUUUGUGGGUAGAGUGUCAUCGUCUGUUAGCACUUUAGAAUCGCGCCUGUUCGUUCCCGCACGCAUCGAGACUGGGGACAAAGAGAAACCAAGGAACUCCUGUCCUGCUCCUCUAGAAGAAAGGUGUGAUGUUGAGCAAUACUGGGAGGAGCCAGAAAGGCCAGCUGGGUUGGGCGGCUCUCUCCCAAGAGCCACUCUUUGGGAUGGAUUUUGGGUUCACUUUUCCUCGCAGCCCCCGUCCCCUUCCACAAAGGUGUGCCUCUUCGUCUCUCCCACGCUCCCUCCACAACUCGUUGCUGGAGUCACAAGGCCCUCUUUCUUUCCAUGGUAGCCCGGAGCCCUGCCGGGGCUCUCUACCUUUGGUCUGGUCUUCCACGAAGCCGUCUUUUAAUCUGUCCCACCGCCAGGCAAGGCCGCCCGGAGCAGUGUCGCGCAGGUGGCAGGACGGCGUGUUUGCUGCUACAACCUUGUGUGAGUCAUUCCGGGAACUAACUGGUUGCUGUGAAAUAAAGGUCCCUGAACACUC